AUGGUCAGCGAAGGAGAAGACAGAUUUAUGGAUGCUGAAAACAUGCUGCAUUUGGGGCGCCUUGCUGUAAAACCGCCGCCGUUUUGGAAACCUGAUCCACGUCUGUGGUUUGCUCAGGUCGAAGCGCAAUUUGCGCGCGCUGGUAUCACGACAGACGAUACUAAGUAUUACACUGUCGUCGCCGAAAUCGAUUCGGCGAUCUUAAUGCACGCCAGCGAUAUUAUUGCAUCUCCCCCAACUACAGGCAAGUACGAAGCGUUAAAGGAGAGACUACUAGCUGAGUUUGGUGAGUCGACAGAGAAAAGACUUAAGCGACUUUUUGAGUCAUGCGAAUUAAAUGACAAGAAACCGACUACGUUACUACGGGAGAUGAAAGAUUUGGCACAUAAUCGAUUGGAUAAGAGUAUACUGAAGUCAAUUCGGUUGCGGCGUUUGCCUCUGCAGGUGCAACAAAUCUUAACGACAUUGGAUGAGGAUGUAGAAGUGUUGGCGAAAAGAGCCGACAGCAUAAUGGAGGUAACUACUACCAACGUAGUGAAUGCGGUAAACGCGUCUAACAACAGCAACGUGGAGGUUGCCACCAUUGCUGACCUUGAAUACAGGCUGGACAGACUCGAGCAAAACAACUGUAAUAAAUUCCAACGCAUGAG